AUGGGCGAUGGCCAAAAAUUUCUACAUUUUUCCAAUUUAUUUUUGGCCAUUUUCAGCAUUUCAGCUUUUGUUCAUAUUCAGUUGAGGUAAAUCGGGGGCGAUGCGCAGCGAAAUAUUGGAUACGGAGUAGGAUAUUCGUUUUCAGAAUGAAAAAUUGGCUUUUCUCCUAAGAAAAAUGAGUGAAAUUGAGCAAACUCCGUAUCCCCCAAAUAUAUUGGCUGCGUAGCAACCAAAAAGCAGCGAGAAAUGGAUACGGAGUGAGAAUCGGGCUUUGAGAAUAGAAUAAUCGUUUUCAAAAUGAAAAUUUAGGCCAUGACAUUUUUCCUGGGGCAAAAAUAACGAAAAUUGAACAAACUCCGUAUCCCCCUGAUAUAUUGGCUGCGUAGCAACCAAAAAUGAUCUAAUAGUGUGCUUCAAAACCUAGUUCAUCGUGUUCAGCGCAAAAAGUUAUCCAAGAACAAGAAUUUUCAAAUUCCUAGCUCUUGAAUUAAACAAACUCCGUAUCAGCCUCACCAUAUCUGAAUUCGCUGCGUAGCAACACCUAGACUUCAGAUUGCUCAGAUUAUAGUGAUGUUGGGUGUCUUCCGAGCCGGAAUUUUAUGAGGAAUCUGAAAUUGUGGAUUUUGAAGCCUAUAAAUAACUUGAAUUCUCACUACGUAUCAAUUUAGCUGCGUAGCAACCUUCAAAAUUGAAUUGCUCAGAUUAUAGGCUUGUGGGGUGUCUUUAGAAUCCAAAUUCCGCCCCGAAUCUACGAUUUUUUGCAGAAUCUGGUCUCUCGAGGAAGAAUGCGCUCUGAAAUCUUCCGCAUUCCACCGCAUCAAACGCGACAUUCCGCAAACAGUCCACCUGCGCAACUCAUCCGACUCUCUCUGGCUCUCCUCUCUCUCCUCCGUCAAAAUCGGCGAUGUCAUGAAAAAAUGCCUCGAAGUCCACGAGUACUGCAGCGAGAAGGACGAUAUUCGUGGAAAGCCCGGAUCUCGCGGGCCACCUGGGCCAAUGGGUCAAAGAGGUCCCGCAGGCCCGCAAGGUCGACAAGGGCUUAUGGGGAUUCCUGGGAUACAGGGGCCGACGGGGCCGCCGGGGGCUUUUGGAAAAGAUGCGGAUUGCUCGAGUUGCCCGAUUCGCGAGGAAUUCCUGGUUCAGCGCGAUUUUCAAUGUCCCACUGUACAGAAUUUGGAUUGUCCAGACAUCAAAAUCGAGGAUACAACACCCUACCCACAAAUUACCCAUAAACCUAUACCUAUAAUUGUGGAACAGGUAGGCUUUAGGCUUAGGCCUUUAGGCCUUUAGGCCUUUAGGCUUAGGCCGUUAGGCUUAAGCCUUUAGGCUUAAGCCCCUAAGCCCACAAACAAUUUCCAGCUUUUGGCAAAUCAUAGCGAGGUUGAAAGCUGUGUCAAAAUUUGUAUGGCCAACUAUACGGAUGAGGACGAGGCUAGCCGGAUGACAACACCGCCACCGUAUAUUGAGGGAGUUACAGCGCGUGAGUUGAUGCGCAGUGGAAUCGGGGAGGGGAUACGUAGCCUAGUUGAAAUUGCGGUUCGAAUGAUACCUCAUACGACUAUGCUUAGGUUGCUACGCAGUCAAAUCAUUAUAGAGACUUGAUACUGAGCUCUGCUCUAGAGAGACUGCAGACUUUGAAUGUGAUACUCAACACGAGUUGCUACGCAGCCAAUUAGAUAUACAUGGGGAUACGAAGGGCUCCCCAGGGUUCUACACAUCCCAAUCCUUCCUUUCCUCAGAUUGCCGCCUUCAAAACGUCGGGAAGCCCGUGUUCCACUCGCAUUCCACAACGUAUUAUGGAAGUUGGAUGAGAGAUUCGUACCCGCCGACUGGAGAUGUGAGUUAGGCUAACUUAGGUCUAGACAAGUCUGAAAUUGAUUUAGGAUGGAAGAAAACGCUAUGUGAUGAAUCAUUUCCACGGUCAACAAUUGGUGGAAUACAAAAAUGAGGCGGAUUUGAGGAGGGAUUAUGUGAAUAAAGUGUGAGUUACAAGGAUGGGGAAAUAUCUAAAAAAAAAGACGGUACAAACGAUGCGCCUUUGAAUUCUCUAUCGAAAAGUACGAAGAUCACCUUUAACCGUGACCUGAUUGCUGAGAUUCAGUGAAAAUACCUUAUCGUCCUUAACAAUAAGGUUUUCUCGAAUUACACUGUCUACCGAAAGCGCCCUGGAGAAGUUAUUCAUACCCUACGAUGCGCCUUUAAAUUCUCUAUCGAAUGCUAUAAGAAUCAGUUAAGAAUACGACUUGGGAGCUGAGAUUUAAUGAAAACACCUUAUCGUCCUUAACAAUAAGGUCGAAGCCUAAUUUCCUGAAAAUCCUAAAGUGCCCCAAAGUGAUAUAAACGAUGCGCCUUUAAAUUCUCUGUCGAAACAUACCAAUUUCACAUAAAAAUAUCACCUGGGAGCUGAAAUUUAGUGAAAAUACCCUAUCGUCCCUAACAUAAGGUCGAAGCCCUAGUUUCCAGGAGAAUCCUGAAGUGCCCCAAAGUGAUAUAAACGAUGCGCCUUUAAAUUCUCUAUCGAAUGCUAUAAGAAUCAGUUAAGAAUACGACUUAGGAGCCUAGAUUUAGGGAAAAUACCUUAUCGUCCUUAACAAUAAGGUCGAAGCCUAGUUUCCUGAAUAUCCUAAAGUGCCCCAACGUGAUAUAGUGUACCAAACGAUGCGCCUUUAAAUUCUCUAUUGAAACAUACCAAUUUCACAUAAAAAUAUUACCUGGGAGCUCGAAUUUAGUGAAAAUACCCAAUCGUCCCAAAAUCGUUCUUCUCCUUUUUACAGCCACUACCUUCCCUAUCUUUUCGACGGCACAAAUCACGUAAUUUUCAAUUCCACCCUCUUCUACCAACGUGCCGGUCAUCCAAUCAUCUCAAAAUAUGAUUUCUCGUCGAAAACCUAUGCGGAAAUUGAGAUUAAAGGCGCAGCCUAUCGAGCCGAUCAAUAUUUAUUCCAUAAUAAUUCGUUGAAUUAUUUUGAUCUGGCGAUUGAUGAAAAUGCUCUCUGGGUUAUGUUCCAUUAUCAGGAACAAGAAUUUUUAUCGGUUGCCAAGGUAGGGUUUUACCUUACGCUUUUUAAAAACCUUAUCGUUUCUUUUCAGGUAGACAUCAAUAAUCUGACAAUUUAUGAAACCUUCAAUCUCACAUCAGUAAACCACACCCAAGUCUCAAAUGGCAUCGUAAUUUGCGGAACGAUUUACCUCGUCGAAAGUUCAAAUGAUCAAUCUUCAUACAUCAGUCAAGCCUAUGAUUUCUAUCGAAAUCUCUACAGUUCGCCACUCAUUAAAUGGAUAAAUUUGUAUAAGAAUUCGAAUAUGAUUAGUUAUAACGCCUAUGAUAAGCGUAUUUAUAUCUAUGAUAAUGGUUAUAUGUUAACAGUUCCCCCGUUUUUACAUUGGUUGGCAAAAUAA